AUAACAUGGAACCGAAGAAGAAGCGGUCAGCUGAUUUCAAGCUAGUUGGUACAACUGGGAUAGGAAAGUAGCAGUGUCUUCUAUGGGAGAAAAUAAAUAACUAAUAUAUGAAAAGGAUUAUUGGCAACAGAUUUUAUCAUCCUGAGAUCCUCUGUCUUUCUGUGUGCAUAAAGUAACGGUGUAACAGCAUGAAAGGUUUAUUCUGCCGAGCUGGUGUGAGUGAUGCUGAGCCCAAGUUCGUUAUUCAGGAAACGUUUCCGCAUGUGUGUAACCGUGCCUCCACCUGCAGAUAUCACCGCUGCUGAACAGAAGAGUCUUCCAGAGGUUCUAGGCAGCCAUCAGGUCAGGGUUCAGGUAAAGGCAUGUGGACUCAGCCCACUGGACCUCAAGUUGCUUGAUGAUGUUGGGAUCCAGAGAGAUUUAAUUCCUGUGGGCAGGGAAGUGGCCGGGGUCGUCCUGCAAGUGGGCCCCAAGGUCUCCUUUUUCCAGCCGGAGGAUGAGGUUGUAGGUAUUCUUCCCCUGGACUCUCCCUGCUCUGGGCUCUGCGAUGUCAUCGACAUAGAUGAACACUAUUUGGUUCAGAAACCAGAGAAGCUCAGCUCAGUGUGUGUUGCGGCAGCGCUGCGGGAUGGCCUCUGUGCUUACACUGCUCUACACACACAUGCUCGCAUGGCGGCUGGACACACACUCCUGGUCAUGGACGGAGCCAGUUCUUUUGGCCUCAUGUGCAUCCAGCUGGCCUGUUACCACGGAGUGAAAGUUCUGACGACGUCACAUUCGCCACAGAAACACACCUUCCUGGAGCAGCUUCGGCCCAGCGUAGGUGUUCAGGAUCCUUUAGUAGCCAGGGUUAUUAAAGCCUAUAAUGGCUCAUCGGACCUGCUGCCACAGGUUUUGGAGGAGACAGGAGGACUGGGAGUGGAUAUAGCUAUAGACUCUGGAGUUCGUCUGCAGGAAGUGGAGGAAUCAGAGGAGACGAAACUUUUCCCACACAAACACGACAUCAUCAGUGUGCUGGGGGUGGGGGGGCACUGGGUCACAUCCCACCAAGACCUGCAGGUAAACUUGAUAUUAAAAGUGAAGGUAAACCUGGUCAGUCUGCCUGUUUUAACAGCAGUUUUAUCUCCUUUCUGUGUAUUCGUAUUGUUACAGUUGGAUCCUCCAGACUGCAGAUUAUUGCAUUUAAAAUCAGCCUCUGUAUCUUUCCUCAAUCCUGAAGUCUGGACAGCGUCAUCAGCUCAGCAAGGAAGAUACCUCCAUAUUCUAAAGGACAUAGUGGAGAAGAUGUCAGCUGGAGUACUCAGACCUCAGCCUGAGGAGGCAGUCCCUCUCUACGAAGCCACAGUUGCCAUGGAGACCGUCCAACGUCACCAGAAGAAGAAAGCUGUUGUUCAGCUCUGACCGAAAUAACCACAUUCUGCUGGGAUGUAAGACAACGCAUCCCACAAUUCAGCAGCAUCAGUUCUUUUUGCAGUCAAACUGUUCAAUGCAGCAAGUGAACACUUACAGUUAUUGUUUUUACUUGUUAACUUACUUGUUUUUAUCACAACACGCAUCGUAUGGAAGACACAGAGCCUGUUGGCUCUCUGUAACAAGGCUAACACUGAGAAACAGACACGAAUAUUAACACCUAUAAUUAGAGUCUCUGGACAUGUUUGUCUUUAAAAAAUGUCUUCUUGUUUUGAGGAAACCGUUCUAACCACUGAGCCAGUGGGUCUUCUCCAAAUACAGACACGUUUGGCCACAUUUACAUCUGGACUCUGAAUAUGUGUGAUUUUAUGUGAGACUGCAACCCACAUGAAAGCCUCUGCGGUCAGUGUUUGUUUCAUAAUACAUUCCUUUGAGAAUCCAUAAACCUUUGUUUGACUCAGAAAAUACAUUUCAU